AGAAAGAAAAAAAACAGUCUCUCGAGUCCAAACACACUUAAGUUAAGGCAGCCGAAAGCAUAAGCAUAAUUAUUAGGUGUGAUUUGAAUCCCAUAGUUUCAUCUAUUUCUAAUUGGGUUUUCGAUCUGUCUACCUACGAACUCCAUUAAUUGAACUCAGCAUCAAGAGAGAGAGUGAAAAGUUCGUUGGUGCCAUUUUUCAGAGUGAUUCUGGAGAAACAGAGAAGUUUUCGGGUAUCUACUAUGGAAAAACAGAAGAGUUUUCGGGGAUUUAUGGAAAAACAGAAAAGUUUUCGAGUUGUGAUGGAGAAGCAGCUCAGCUUCAUGGGAAGUGAGAGGAAGAAGAGCAAGGAAUCACCUGGGAAACGUGGUGACUUACCAAUUCAUUUAGCAGCUCGGGCAGGUAACUUGAGUAGAGUUAAAGAGAUAAUUCAAAACUGCUCUAAUAAUGAGACAAAGGAUUUGUUGGCAAAGCAAAAUCUCGAAGGGGAGACCCCUCUUUACGUGGCUUCAGAGAAUGGGCAUGAUUUGGUUGUCAGCGAGAUACUGAAAUACUUGGACUUGCAAACUGCUUCUAUUGUGGCCAGAAAUGGCUACGACCCAUUCCAUGUUGCUGCAAAGCAAGGUCAUCUUGAGGUGCUGAGAGAACUGCUGCACUCUUUUCCCAACUUGGCCAUGACAACUGAUUUGUCCAAUUCAACUGCUUUACACACAGCUGCAACCCAAGGUCAUAUUGAUGUGGUGAAUCUCCUUUUGGAAUCAGAUUCAAACCUUGCAAAAAUUGCCAGGAACAACGGUAAGACCGUCCUUCACUCUGCGGCUAGAAUGGGGCAUUUGGAAGUUGUGAAAGCCUUACUAAACAAGGAUCCAAGUACUGGAUUUAGGACUGAUAAGAAAGGUCAAACUGCACUACACAUGGCUGUGAAAGGGCAAAAUGAAGAAAUUUUGCUGGAAUUGGUGAAACCUGACCCAGCAGUUUUAAAUCUAGAGGAUAAUAAAGGAAAUACAGCAUUGCAUAUUGCUGCAAAGAAGGGCCGUAAUCAGGUGUUUCCUUUUUCUCUGACUGUGUUCAUCGUAUAUAAGAAUGUCCGCUGCUUGCUAUCAAUGGAGGGAAUCAACAUCAAUGCUACUAACAAGGCUGGAGAGACUCCUCUUGAUAUUGCAGAAAAAUUUGGAAGUUCAGAACUUGUCUCCAUAAUGAGGGAUGCUGGGGCUGCUAAUUCCACUGACCAAGGGAAACCUCCAAAUGCAACAAAGCAACUUAAGCAGACUGUCAGCGACAUAAGGCAUGAUGUGCAAUCCCAACUCCAACAGACACGUCAGACGGGCAUGAGGGUCCAGAAAAUUGCAAAGAAGCUGAAAAAACUACACAUAAGUGGCCUGAACAAUGCGAUAAACUCAGCUACUGUUGUUGCUGUUCUCAUUGCUACAGUUGCUUUUGCUGCUAUCUUCACUGUCCCCGGUCAAUAUGUUGAAGAGAAAGUACAGGGUUUUUCACUUGGACAGGCAAAUAUAGCAAACAAUGCAUCUUUCCGGAUAUUUUUUGUGUUUGAUAGCCUGGCAUUAUUCAUCUCUUUGGCUGUCGUGGUGGUUCAAACCUCAGUAGUUGUGAUUGAGCAAAAGGCAAAAAAGCAGCUUGUUUUUGUCAUUAACAAGCUCAUGUGGAUGGCUUGCCUUUUCAUUUCCAUUGCCUUCAUUUCUCUCACUUACGUGGUAGUGGGAUCACACUCCAGAUGGCUUGCUAUAUAUGCUACAGUAAUUGGAAGCUUGAUAAUGCUCUCUACAAUUGGUUCCAUGUGCUAUUGUGUCAUUCUGCAUAGGAUAGAUGAGACAAAAUUGAGGGCUGAGAGCCGUUCGUUCUCCAUGUCGCAUGCAUCAGAUCAGGAGAUUUUAAACGGUGAAUACAAGAGGAUGUACGCACUGUAGUAACAGAUUAUGGGAAACAGAUUAUGUGAA